AUGCACGGGCAUGCACACCACAACCAUGCGCGCAAUGUGGAGGAACCAGAGGGAGGAAAUAUUGAAGAACGAGGAAUUAUCGAGGAGCGAGGCGAUGUGGUGAUCGUUUACAAAACUGUGGAUCCGGACUUUACAGGUGAAGUAGGAGGCUAUGUGACCGGCACCGAACACACCACUGCCACCGAAGCGCGCGCCGGUGUUGGUGCUCCUGUUGCGCCUACAAGGACCAAGGAACAAACAACCGAGACCAAAGCUACGGAUGAGGUGACCACAACGAAGACCAAGGAGGAACCGACUACCACCAAAGAGACCGUGGCCCACACCACCCAUGAAACUAAGGAAACCACCAAGACUACCGAGGCUGAAACGACCACCAAGAAAGCAACCACUACCAGUGAGUCGGAGGCUCCGAUCACAGCAACCUCCUUUGUGACUUCGGCAUCGUCCAGCUCGGAAUCUUCCCAGAAUGUCAACGAUCUCCUCGCAACUUCAACCGGAUCGACUAGUAACUCUGCCGCAUCGGCCUCGACCACUGCUCUUGGAACUACUACUUCCGAGGGUAUGACUGGUGGCGCAAAAGCCGGUGUAGCCAUCGGUGUCAUCUUUGGUGUGGGUGUGAUUGCUGCCCUGAUUUUCUUCUUUAUCCGCAAGAAGAAGAAGAGCCAAGAAGGAUAUCAGCAAGAGAAUGAGAAGACCUUCGGUGGCGAAGGCCUGCCAGAGGGUAUCGCUGCUUCUUUCCCACCGCCUCCUCCUUCCAAGCCGCAGACGCCUUCAACUCCCCCACAGCUUAAUGUCCGCCCCGUCACUCAAUUCGCGCCUGAUCUGAGCGGGGGUGCCUUGAAUCCCACCACCGCUGGUGCUUCCGGAGCUUUGAGCCCAGCCACAGCUGCUGUUGCAGGUGCUGCGGCUGGCUCAGCCGCCGUCGCCUCUCGUAAUCUUACUGGCGAAUCGCCGCCUCCUACUCCGCCGAAGUCUGCUGGGAGCCACUCUGACCCUUUCAGUGACCCUGUAAAUCCUUUCAACCCAGCCACUUCCCCUGUUACACCUGUCACCCCUGUUACGCAGACCGCACCUUCGGUUGCCGAAUCAGCCACUGGGCCGUCUGAAUCGACCCCUGGUACAUCUGGUACAUCUGCAUCGACCGUCGCAGCUGCCGCGGUUGGUGCCGCAGCGCAGGUGCUGCCGCUUCAUCUCGAGCUUCUAAUGAUUCGGAGCGCUACCAUUCCGCCGAGUCACGCGGCCAUUCCCCCCACCAGCUCCACGCAAUCCGCGACAACUCCUACCGAUGCUACCACUGCCUCUGCUGCACCAGCUGUCGCUGCUGGCGCUGCUGGCGCUGCUGGCGCUGCUGGCGCCAUGGCUGCUGGCCCACCACCCCCUAACAAUGUUUACCGUGUGCAACUGGAUUUCAACCCCUCCAUGGAAGAUGAGCUUGGACUUCGCGCCGGAGCACUUGUGCGCUUGGUUCAUGAGUACGACGAUGGAUGGGCUCUCUGCAUGCGCCUUAACAGCCCCCAGCAAGGAGUUGCCCCACGGUCUUGCCUCUCGGCUCGUCCUGUGAUGCCUCGCGCCCGCCCGCCCCCUGGCCCUCCUGGCUCUCGUGGCCCACCUAUCAUGGGCCCUGACGGUCGCCCAAUGAUGCCCGGGGGUCCUCCGGGUCCACGAUUCUAUCCCCAGGAUGCUCGUCCGAGAUCUCCCGGUGGCCCAGGCUUCCCUGGACCUCCCCCGGUCGCCCGUACCCCGGCCCCGGAUCUCCUGCUCAUUCCCCGCUCCAUGUCGCCUGGGCCUAGAGGAAUGCCUGGCCCGCGCUCAAUGUCCCCCGGACCUGGAGGUAUGCCUGGGCCUCGCUCCAUGUCCCCCGGACCGCGUGGAAUGCCCGGCCCUCGCUCAAUGUCCCCCGGACCUGGAGGUAUGCCUGGGCCUCGCUCCAUGUCCCCCGGCCCGCGUGGAAUGCCCGGCCCUCGCUCUAUGUCUCCUGGUCCCCGGCCCGGCCCGCGCUCCAUGAGCCCUGGUCCAUACGGACCUCCUGGUCCCCGGCCCGGCCCGCGCUCCAUGAGCCCUGGUCCAUACGGACCUCCUGGAAUGCAGCGGCCUGUGAUGCCUGUCAACCAACGCCAACGCAGCAAUAGUGCCAGCAACGUCGCCCCGCCCAUGGCAGCGCCGGUCGCACCUGCUGUUUCAAGCCCAUUGGCCGCUCCUGCCCCUGCGGCCCCGGCUCCCGCUGCGCCUUCCGUUUCAAGUCCAUUAGCAGCUGCUCAUCCUGCCCCCGCUCCUGCCCCCGCUGCACUGCAAGAUUCCACUCCCCCAGCGGCUCCUGCUCCUGCGCCUGCACCUGCUCCCGCUCCCGCUGCUGUGCCAAUGCCAAGUCCCUUAGCCGCUCCUACUCCUGCUCCCACUAGCGAUCUUCCGGCACUUCCGACUUCCCCGCCGACUUCCCCGCCGACUUCUCCGUCCGGCUCGAUCUCGCGAAAGCCAGUCCCCACCCGUGACGCUUAA